AUGAUUGUGCCAACUGGGUUCAGGUUCAAUCCCACCGAUGAGGAGCUCAUCGAAAUAUUACAAAGGAAAGUUUCUGGGAAAGAAACGCCACUCCAUCACUAUUUCAUUGUUGAAAGAAACGUUUAUGAGCAUAAACCAGAAGACCUUGAAUGGGAUCAUACGGUGCCAGUACAAAACAACGAGAGAUUUUACUAUUGUAUGAAAGAGAAUGAUUCUCGAGAAGUGUCAGGUCGAGGAUGGUGGAAAGCUACAAGCCAUGUCAAGAAAAUUUAUGCGAAUAAUAACAAACGUGUUGUAGGUUACAAAAGGCCUCUCACAUUUCACAAGUUUAGUGAUAAUGAAAGAAAGCGUAACAAAGCCAUCAAGACAAAUUGGAUUAUGUAUGAAUAUAGCCUCGAAUCCUGCACAACGGAAUGGAGACUUUGUAAGAUCAAAUAUAAGGGCAAACAAAGUGGGCAAGUGAUAGAAGAUCAGAUUGAGAAUAUGAAAAAAAAUUACAGAUUGAGUAAUGAAUCUGAAGCCAGCUGUUCAAUAAUGGACAUUGUUUAUGAAGAACAAGAGAAACCAAAGUUGGUUCACCAAACAGAGAAAUUAUAUGAGCCUGAUUUUAGCCAAAACCUGCAGCAAAUGGAAGUGAUGAAUGAGUUCUAUGGUUCAUAUGAUCCAAUUCUAACACACAUUUCAAGCAGUUCACAUGAUUAUAAUUAUUUUGGUGAAGAAGAAGAUCAUCAGCUAGAGCAAUUGCCAUAUUCAUCAGCAUCAGAAGAAUUAUUAUUCCCUCGCCUUUGGUCUUGGUAA